AUGGUCAAUGACUUUGAUAUCAGCAAAGCUAAGGGCUAUGUCCCGCAGGUAGCCAUUCUCAUCACUGGUGGAGAAUUCAGUGAUGAAGUUGAAUUGCUUGUCGGGAAACUGAAGAACAGAGACAUCUCCCUCUAUGUUGUUGGAGCUGGUGUCCAGAACGCAGCUGAGCUUCAGUGCUUCACAUCUAGCAUUCAUAUUCAUAGGUCCUUAGUGUCUGGAAAGGAACCAGUGCAGAUAUACCCAAGGUAUCCUAAUCAAAAAGAGAAACAGUCACCUUCUCUUAAACUGUCAGAUUUUUCAAAUUCGAAGAACUGCAUUCAAAAUUGCGACAUAGAUCUUUCUAUAGCAAUUGAUAUUUCAAGGCGCAUGUGGCCAGCAUCCACAGUGCUUCUGAAACUGAAAUUGCAAGCAUAUCUCCCCAGACUUUUACUCCAGAUGAAAUUGCUGCCAAAUACCAGCUGUAGUGCUGUCUCUCCAGUCAACAUUAGAUUCAAGUUCCAAGUGUUGGCGCAGACCAAACAAUUCAUCUUUGACUCUGAUUUUGAAGAUUAUAAUGAGGAAAUCAUCCAGAAGUUCUUAGAUGUACAGACCACUGUGGACACCUACCUAAAUUCAGACUUCUUACAGGCACUUGAAGAGAAGUUCUUUAGUGUGACCUCUGCUAAAGUUAAGGUUCUGUUAGUAUUUUCAGAUGGGCUGGAUGAUUCGCUGGAAGACCUCAGAAAAGCAGCUGACUCACUUCGCUUUAAAGGUCUUGAUGCACUUCUAUUAGUUGGCCUGGACAGUACACAGAAUUUGACUGAACUUCGGGAAAUAGAGUUUGGCAGAGGGUUUGGGUACAAUGAACCUCUGAGUGUUGGAUUUGCAGAGAUUGCAAACAUCUUGCAGAGAAACCUUGAUACUGUUGCAGAAAGGAAAUGCUGUAAGGUUGUUUGUAAAUGCCUUGGAGAAAAUGGUGACCAUGGUGGCCAGGGAAGUCCUGGAAGGAAGGGAAGUACAGGUUACAAAGGAUCUCCUGGCCAUCCUGGUGAGGAAGGCGGGAUUGGGGAGAGAGGCCCAGCUGGUUUCAAUGGGACUCAGGGAGACAGGGGAUGCCCAGGUGCCAGAGGCCGUAAGGGGUCCAGAGGCUAUAGAGGGAGUCAGGGUGAACAUGGUGAGAGUGGAUCUGAUGGCACUGAUGGAGAGCGGGGAGAACAUGGUCUUCCUGGACCUUCUGGAGAGAAAGGCAGCGCAGGAAAAUGGGGCAGAAAAGGCCCAAGAGGAGAACCAGGUGAACGAGGAGAAUCUGGUCUAAGAGGAGAUCAUGGAGAUCCUGGGAUUAGCAAUAAUGUUCCUGGUCCUAAGGGUGAAAAGGGAAACCCAGCACAGCAGGGAGACCCAGGACCACAUGGACUUGAAGGAGAGCAGGGUGAUGCUGGCCCUGAUGGUGCAACAGGUCGAAGAGGCCCUCCAGGUAUAAAGGGUGAGAAAGGAGAUCUGGGAGAAAUAGGUUACCCGGGAGACUCUGGUCUUCCAGGACCACAGGGCCCAAGAGGACUAGAAGGGAUCAAAGGACCUCCAGGACCACAAGGCGUGCCAGGACCUCUGGCUAGUCUGGGUGCCCCAGGUUCACCUGGCUCUGUUGGGAAGUUAGGUGCAAGAGGACCAAAGGGUGAACCUGGUGACCCUGGAGAGAAGGGCCCAGUGGGACCAGCUGGACUGAGAGGCAUGCCUGGCAAGGGUGGCAGAGAUGCCUAUGGUUCUGAAGGAAGCAAAGGAGCAAAGGGAGAAUCUGGAUUCAUAGGAUAUCCUGGUCUGGAGGGAGAAGAUGGAGACCCAGGCAUUCCAGGAGCUGAAGGACCCAAAGGAGUUAGGGGUAGAAGAGGUAAUGCUGGCACACCAGGUUCCCUGGGAGAUCCAGGGGACCAGGGGCCAUCAGGAGCUAUGGGUGCCAAGGGACCAAUGGGCACCAUUUUAAUGCAGCCUUGUGAACUUGUGAAUUUUACACGAAAAAACUGCCCUUGCUCAUCAGACACAUGUCCAGUUUAUCCAACUGAAGUGGUGUUUGCCUUCGAUAUGUCUGAAGAUGUUACACCAGCUGCAUUUGAAAGAAUGAGGAACAUUGUUAUGUUAUUGCUGAAAACCAUUAAGAUUAGUGAAAGCAAUUGCCCAACAGGUGCUCGUGUCUCCAUAGUUUCUUUCAAUACAAAUAUGCGCUACCUCAUCCGAUUCUCGGAAUUCCAAAAAAGCCACUUGCUGCUACAAGCAGUCCAGAGAAUACCGCUAGAAAGAUCGACUGGAAAACGUAAUAUUGGGGCAGCCAUGAGAUUUGUUGCAAGAAAUGUCUUCAAACGUGUUCGUCAGGGCAUCCUCACAAGGAAAGUUGCCCUCUUUUUUGCCCAUGGUCCAUCGCAGGAUGAUGUUGCCAUCAGCACAGCUGUACUUGAGUUGAGUGCCUUGGAUAUCACUCCAGUGGUUAUUGCCUUCAGUGAAGUGCCAAAUGUCAGACAUGCCUUCUCAGUUGAUGAUACUAGAAGAUUUCAAUUAUUUGUUUGGGAAAGACAACAGGAUGAAAGUUUGGAGAGCAUCACAUACUGUACUCUUUGCUUUGAUAAAUGUAAACCAAGCACCAACUGUGAGGUACCCUUUUCUCCCCCUCUUCUAAUGGAUAUGGAUAUCACUUACAUCAUGGACAGCUCUCGCAGCAUCAGCAGUGAAGAUUUUCAGAGAGCCAAAGACUUUGUGAGCAACAUGCUAGAUCAAUUUGUUGUUUCCUCGCAGCCAAAUGAAUCGUAUGGAGGCAUCAGAGUGGCAUUGGUGCAGCAGGCUCCCAGGGGCUUCCUGCCUGACAGAAACCAGACCCCUGUGGCCUUGGAGUUUGAUCUAGUCACAUACAGCAAUAAAGAUUUGAUGAAGAAGCAUAUUCAAGAGUCUGUUCACCAACUGGAAGGGCCAUCAGCCAUUGCUUCUGCCCUACAGUGGACAGUUGAAAAUGUAUUCUUUAAAGCCCCCAGACAAAGAAAACACAGGGUCAUAUUCACAAUAGUUGGAAGCAAAACAAGCGCAUGGGACAGAGAGAAGCUGAGAGAGAUUUCACUUGGAGCCAAGUGCCAAGGAUUCACCUUGUUCACUCUUGCCCUUGGCACUGAUGUGAGCGAUGAUCAGCUGAUGGAGCUGUCAAGCUCCCCCACAGACCAGCACUUACUGACAUUGGGCAGGGUUUCAAUGCCUCAAAUGGUAUACGCUCAGAGGUUUAGCCGGGCAUUUCUGAAUCUUCUACAACAAGAAACGAACAGUUAUCCUUCACCUGAACUUCAAGAAGAGUGUGAAGACUUAGAUCAGGGAGACACACAACAGCAAGUGUCUAUGAUUGAAAGGAUGCCUUUCCCUGGAACUGAUGAAACUGGUUACAGUCAUGGUUUAGAAAGCAUUGAAAGAGCUGAAAGUAGACUCCUGGAGAAUAUUAAAGAGAUCAUCACAGAACCUGUAUAUACAAUGCCAAAAGAAAUCAGAUAUGAUUAUGAGGAGAAUGAGUAUUUUGCAGAGGAAGAUGCUGGAGAAGAAAAGCCACAGGAGUAUGAAGAAGCGCACGAGAAGAACAAGGCAAACUUAGAGGCAACAGUAGAAACUAGAGCUACCUGUAGUGACUAGGAGGCAUGUGACCUUGUUCAAGAUAGUGGAGAAUGUCAGAAUCAUGUCCUGAAGUGGUACAAUGACAAAGAGCAGAAAAUGUGUGGUCAGUUCUGGUACGGGGGCUAUGGAGGCAGUAAAAACAGAUUUGAAACACAAGAAGAAUGUGGAUUCUUGUGUAUAGAGUCUUCCUAGUGCAGAUACUCUCAAAUUACUUUAAUUCUUCAGUUAUACUACCAGGGUGAUGGGAAAAAGGAAUUGAAAGAGAAAGGUUUACGUAGCCACUCGGCUCCUCCAUUUCAGUUGAAAGAAAUACUUGAUUGUGAAGUUACUAGAUAGUAACUUAAUAGUGAAAAUAAAAUCAAAAGU